ACAUUUUAUCAAACGUUUAAAAAGAGAUUGUAGAAAGUUCUUCUAAUAACAUCUGUUUGUGCAAUGGAAUAUUGGUCGAUAUUAUUAUCGAUAGUGAUCGGUGUGAUCAGCAUUAAUUAUCUUUUUAAAAAUUUUAAUUUCUUUAAAAGAAAUGGUAUUAUACACAUGCCGCCUGUUCUAUUAUUUGGAUCCGCGAUGUCGGUUUUAUUCCGUCGAAUCUCAUUCUUUGAUUUCAUGUUGAAGAUAUACAAUUUCAAUCCAAACGCAAAGUAUUAUGGAUUGUACUUUACGACAACUCCAGUCUUCUUACUUCGCGAUCUCGAACUCAUUAAAACUGUUCUUGUUAAAAAUUUCGAUGCAUUUCCAGAUCGUCUUGGUUUUGCCGACGUUAACGAUUCUUUAUUUAAGAAAAAUUUGUUUUCUCUUCGUGGAGAAAAAUGGCGGAAUGUGAGGAAUCUGUUGAGUCCUUCUUUUACUUCCAGCAAGAUGAAAAUGAUGUUCACGUUGAUGUCGGAAUGUGCUGUGGAUUUUGCAAAAUUUCUGUCGACAUCAUCAGCGGAUAAAGUCGAUAUAAACAUGAAAGACGUCUGCUCUAAAUAUACAAACGACGUCAUCGCUACAUGUGCAUUUGGAAUCAAAGUCGAUUCUAUGAAGGAUCCAAUGAAUAAAUUCUAUAUUUACGGCAAGGAGGCCAGUAACUUCAGAGGAGUCAUUCGCAGUAUAAAGUUCUUUUUUGUUGGGACGUUUCCGACACUUGGGCGAAUUCUCAAUAUAAAAUUUAUGGACGAUUAUUUGACGAAUUUCUUUAAGGAUAUUAUAAGAACUACAAUCGCAACUCGCGACGCAGAACACAUUUCACGUCCGGAUAUGCUACAGUUAAUGAUGGAUAUCAGAGGCAAAGAAGGUCGUAGAGAAUUAGACAUCGACGACAUGACUGCGCAAGCGUUCAUCUUUUUCCUCGGCGGUUUCGAGACCAGUUCCACUGCAAUGUGCUUCGCAGCUCACGAAAUUGCAGUUAAUCCAGAAAUUCAGUUGAAAUUACAACAAGAGAUCGAUAAAGCUUUGGAGGAGUCGAACGGAGAAGUGUCUUCUGAAGUUAUAAAUCGGCUCGAAUAUUUAGAUGCGGUAAUAAGUGAGGCUCUCAGAUUAUAUCCACCAAUGGCACUCUUAGAAAGGAUAUGUGAAAAAACUUUUGAAUUACCAUCCGCAUUGCCGGACGAGAAACCUUUUAUCAUGAAGAAAGGUAUUCUUGUUUGGAUUCCUAUUCUUGCAAUCCAUCAUGAUGAAAAGUAUUACGACAAUCCGAAGAAAUUUGAUCCAAAAAGAUUUUUAAACAACAAGAUCAACAAUUCUUCGAAUUAUAUACCAUUCGGAUUAGGACCGAGAAUGUGCAUAGCUAAUAGGUUUGCCAUACUGGAAAUCAAAGUCUUGUUGUUUCACUUAUUAGCGCGAUGUGAGCUGAAACCUUCUGCAAAAACUACGUCCCCAAUACAAUUUGGCAAAGAUUUCAUGAUAAUGCCUAAGAAUGGAUUCUGGUUGAAUAUUCAACAUAGAAAAAAUAUGCAUCCUGUACCGGAGUCUACUCCUGUACUAAUGGAUAGUUAAGCAUCAGCAAACAUUCAAAUGCUUCAAUUCAUGAUUUAAGAGUCUGCAUUGGCGUGUACUGUAUAGAACUGAUUAAUGUAUUUACUUAA